UCCCCCAGACUGCUAACCUGCACACUGGGGCCGCAGACCGGAGAGGGGCGGACUGCCGAGCAGGGAGGCUGGUGCGCUGCACAGAGAGUAGAGUUAGCACUGGAACCGACUUCUCUCCGUCCCUGGUGACAUAAACUUUGCACAAGGAGCACCUGUAACCACAUUCUGCCAAAACCGAGGGGCUCAAUUUCAACAGUAUGGCCGGCAGCACCAUAGCCAGGGUGCUGGUUGCGCUCUGUAUCGGGAGCGCGGUGAACUGCAUGCCCAAAGGGACGCACAGGAAUCGGCGACAGUCGCAGCAGCAUCAAGUCUCCUCAGUCUCUCAGGAUGGUUGUUUAGAGAAUGGUCAGUUUUACAGUGUUAAUGACCAAUGGGAGCGGCCAUAUUUGGGCAGCACCUUGAUCUGUACCUGCCACGGAGUUGCUGGCAUAAAGUGUAAAAGCAAACCUGAAGAGGAAAGGUGCUAUGAUAAGGUCAACCAGCAGUACUACACUGUAGGAGAAACCUAUGAGCGACCCAAGGAUGACAUGAUCUGGGACUGUACCUGUAUCGGGUCUGGGAGGGGCAAAAUCAGCUGCACCAUUGCCAAUCGCUGUCAUGAGGGCGGGGCUUCAUAUAAGAUAGGUGACACCUGGAGGAGACCCCAUGAGACCGGAGGCUACAUGCUGGAGUGUGUCUGUCUGGGUAAUGGAAAGGGAGAGUGGACCUGCAAACCUGUUGCUGAGCGUUGCUAUGACAACUCCAUGGGAACAUCAUAUGUUGUUGGGGAGACAUAUGAGAAGCCAUUCAAGGGAUGGAUGAUCAUUGACUGCACCUGUUUGGGAGAGGGAAGUGGGCGCAUCACAUGCACCUCCAGAAACCGCUGUAAUGACCAGGAUACUCUGUCCUCCUAUCGUAUCGGAGACACCUGGACCAAAACAGAUGCCCAAGGACACAUGCUCCAGUGUCUGUGCACAGGGAACGGUCGCGGGGAGUGGAAGUGUGAGAGACAUGCCUCUCUUCACACCACUGGCCUGGGCACUGGCUCUCGAGUCAUCACAAACAUCCAGCCUGCAGUUUAUCAGCCUGCCACUGUGCCAGAGCUCCCCCAGGAGGGACCAUGCCGGACAGAUACAGGGCUGAGCUACUUCAUUGGCCAGCGCUGGAUGAAGAACCAGGGGUCUAAGCAGAUGAUCUGUACCUGUCUUGGCAAUGGAGUCAGCUGUGAACAGUGGGAUGGUCCAGCUCCAGUGUACGGUGGGAACUCUGGAGGUCAGCCAUGUGUGUUUCCCUUUGUCCACAAAGGAAAGACUUACCACUCUUGUACCUCUGAUGGACGCACUGAUGGACAGCUCUGGUGCUCCACCACCUCUGACUAUGAGACGGACCAGAAAUAUUCUUUCUGUACAGAGAAGAAUGCAAUUGUAGCAACACGCGGUGGCAAUUCCAACGGUGCUCUGUGCCAGUUCCCCUUCCUCUACAACGGCCGAAACUACACUGAUUGUACUGCAGAUGGACGCAGAGAUGGCAUGAAGUGGUGCGGCACCACAACAAACUACGAUGGAGAGCAUCGCUUUGGGUUCUGCCCCAUGGCUGCCCAGGAAGAAGUGUGUACCAGCACUGAAGGGGCGAUGUACCGCGUCGGAGACCAGUGGGACAAACGCCAUGAUGUUCUGGGUCACAUGAUGAGGUGCACCUGUGUUGGCAAUGGCCGAGGAGAAUGGAGCUGUGCAGCUUACUCCCAGAUUAAAGAUCAGUGUAUUGUGGAUAAUCUGACCUAUGAAGUGAACCAAACCUUUACUAAACAGCAUAAUGAAGGCUACAUGAUGAACUGUACCUGCUUUGGUCAGGGGCGUGGCCGCUGGAAGUGUGAUGCUAUUGACCAGUGCCAGGAGCCAGAAACGAGAGCCUUCUAUCAGAUCGGAGAGUCUUGGGAUAAAGUCAUCCAUGGAAUCAUGUACAAAUGCUAUUGCUAUGGAAAUGGAGUCGGAGAACUCAGCUGUGAGCCCCAGCAGUCCUACCCCGGUGGUAAUCGUCCAGUUCAGGUGAUAAUAACAGAAUCUGGAAACCAGCCCAACUCCCACCCUAUCCAGUGGAACGCCCCACAGUCUGCUCACAUUACACAGUACAUCCUCAAAUGGAAAGUGAAAAAUAGUCCAAGCCCAUGGAGAGAGGUGACAAUCCCUGGCCAUCUUAACUCCUAUACCAUCUCAGGUUUGAGGCCUGGUAUCACCUACGAGGGUCAGCUGAUUAGCGUGUUGCGGUUUGGACGCCAAGAGGUCACACGCUUUGACUUUACCACCACUUAUGGAUCAUUGGCGACAUCACAAGGCGAGACCACCCAGCCUCCUCCUGUGGUCGACGUCUCGGAGUCGGUGACUGAAAUUACCUCCAGCAGCUUUGUCAUCUCCUGGGUUUCAGCCUCCGACACAGUUUCUGGUUUCAGAGUGGAGUACGAGCUCCAUGAGCAGGGACAGGGCACUGGACAGCCCAUGGUGCUAGACCUGCCCCGUACGACUACCUCAGUGAACAUUAAUGAGCUUCUGCCUGGGAGAAAAUACACUGUUAAUGUCUACGAAGUCACAGAUGAUGGAGAAGACAACCUCAUUCUUUCUACUUCACAAACCACUGCACCUGAUCCUCCUGUUGAGAGUGAAGUAGAGGAGGUGGGAGAAACCUCCAUUGUGAUCAGCUGGGAUAAACCAAGUGCUCCCAUCACUGGCUAUCGUGUUGUUUAUACGCCAUCAAUCGAGGGCGAAAGCAUGGAGCUGACUCUCCCUGAUACAGCAACAUCUGUGACCCUGAGUGACCUCAGACCUGGGAAAUUGUACAACAUUAGCAUCUAUUCUGUGGAGGAUAGCCUGGAAAGUGAGCCCGUGUUUGUACAGGUCAACACCGCUGGAGAUCCACUGCCAGAUGAGGUGGUUUCUCCUACAGACCUGCAGUUUUUCGAGGUUUCUGAUAAGAAAAUUACUCUGACCUGGUCCGGCCCAACAACUGGUAUCUCAGGUUACCGUGUUACUUUUGUCCCUGUUGAUGAGACCGGAACUCCCCAAGAGGAAAUGACUCUGCCUGUCAGUCAGAACUCCUACAUUGAAGUGACACACCUACAGCCUGGAACAAAGUACCUCUUCAAUGUCUAUACCAUGAACAAUGGGGAGGAAAGUGUGCCGAUUACUGCAGAGAUAAAUACAAAGCCUGAUGCUCCCACAGAUAUCCAUUUCUUCAAUGUGACUGAGGACAGUGCUGUUAUGAUGUGGUACGCCCCCCGCGCUAAGAUCACCGGCUACCGUCUCUUCCUCACCGUUGAGGGUUCCAACCCCAAACAGCUGCGCCUGCCUGCCCGCCUCACUGAGUACACCAUCCUCAACCUGAAGCCUGAUACCGAGUACACAGCUACACUGCAUUCAGAGCAGGAUAAUACACUGAGCGAAGGAGAGACGGCGGUAUUCACUACAAACCCACCAAUGGGAAAUGCUCCUCAUUUCAGCACUGAUGUAACCGACACAUCCAUUAUUAUCUCCUGGGCUCCAGCCCCCCGCAUUGGAUAUAAGUUGACAGUACGACCCAGUCAGGGAGGAGAGGCCCCCAGAGACGUGACAUCUGAAUCAGGAAGUAUUUACAUUUCUGGUCUGACUCCAGGAGUCGAAUACACCUACAGCGUCCAACCAGUCAUAAACGGCCACGAGCAGGGAACCGCGAUUACACGCCGUGUCGUCACACCUUUGUCUCCUCCAACGGACCUCAACCUGGAGUCUAACCCUGGCACUGGAGAGCUCACAGUUCAGUGGAAUGGAGCCAGCACACCAGACAUCACUGGCUACAGAGUGACGUGCACGCCCACCAAUGGACAACAAGGAAAUAGCAUUGAAGAGUUUGUGGAGGCAGGCAAGAACUCUUGCACCCUGGACAACCUCAGCCCUGGAGUGGAGUACAAUAUCAGUGUUUUUACUGUUAAGGAUGAUAUGGAGAGCACCCCUGUAUCGACCACUGUUACACCUGACAUCCCUCAGCUGACAGACCUCAGCUUCCAGGAUGUGAGCGACACCACCAUCAGCCUCCGCUGGUCACCGCUCAACACCACAGCCGUCACAGGUUACAAGAUCACAGUGGUGGCAGCCGGCGAGAGCGUGCCCAUCUUUGAAGACAUGGUUCUGCCAACAACUGACCACUACACCGUGUAUGGACUGGAGCCCGGUAUCGACUAUGAGUUUAGUGUGACCACUGUGACGGAGAAUGGAGAGAGCGAGCCAACCACCCUCGUCCAGCAGACAUCUGUACCAGCACCAACUGAUUUAGGCUUUGGCCAGGUCGGACCAGACAGUAUUGAAGUCACCUGGGUCUCUCCCCAGGUCCCUAACCCUGCUGACAUCAACAGCUUCAUCAUCAGGUAUCAUCCCAUUGAUGAUGAAGAUGACACAACAGAAACCAGCACAGGAGCCAAGAGUAGCAGUGUGGUGCUUAAGAACCUGCUACCUAACACGGAGUAUCUUGUGAGCGUGGUGUGUGUUUAUGAGCAGAGAGAGAGCUCACCCCUCGUUGGCACCCAGAAAACAACUUUGGAUUCCCCUGUUGCUCUGCGUUUCUCCGAGAUCUUCACCAGCUCCUUCACCGUCCACUGGCUUGCUCCCCAGAGCAAAAUUACUGGCUACCGUAUCCGUUACCAGAUGGUCAGUGGCGGAAGGUCUAAGGACGAGAGGCUGCCCCCAUCCAGGAACCACUUCACCCUUACAGGACUCGCCCCAGACACAGAGUACUUGGUGAACAUCUUUGCAGUGAGCAGGACGGAGGAGAGUCUGCCACUCAGUGGGACUCAGAAGACAAUCUCUGAUGCUCCCACAGACCUGGAAGUGCUCGACUCCACCCCCACCAGCAUCACCAUCCGCUGGGAUGCCCCACCUGUCACCGUGCGCUACUACAGGAUCACCCAUGGAGAGACUGGAGGUCACAGCAAUCCUAAGGAGUUCACAGUUCCUGGCUCUCAGUCCACUGCCACCAUCAAUAACCUGAAACCUGGAACUGACUACACUAUCUAUGUGUACGCUGUGACUGGUCGAGGAGACAGCCCUGCAUCAAGCAUACCGAUCUAUGUUGCACACAAGACAGGUGUUGACUCCCCCUCUGAAAUGGAAGUAAAGGAAGUGAACGACAACAGUGUAACAGUGAGGUGGAGCCCUGCCCAGGGUCCAAUCAAGGGAUACAGGGUGACCGGGGUCCCCAGAAAUGGACAGGGACCUUCUUUUACUGAAGUGGUUGCUCCAGAUCAGACAGAAAUGACUUUCUUAGGACUGAUGCCCACUUCAGAGUAUGUUUUGAGUGUGUACGCCCUUGGACAAGAUGGAGAGAGCUCUCCAAUGGUUGUGAAUGCUCUAACAAAUGUGGACCGUCCCAAGGACCUUAGCUUCUCAGACAUUGACUCCACCUCACUGAAAAUAUCCUGGGACAGUCCCGAGGGAAUCGUGACAUCUUACAGGAUCUUUUAUGCAAGUUCAGAAGAGGGAGAAAGAGAGCUGCGCCCUGCCCCCCGAGGAGAUGCUGAGUCCGCCAUUAUCUAUGGUCUACAACCUGGCACGGAGUACACUGUGAAGGUCAUCGCUGUGCAUGAUGACAAAGCCAGCACACCACUUGUUGGCAUACAAGCUACAGCCAUCUCCCCUCCAACCAACCUCCAGUUCUCUAACGUCAGCCCCACGUCUUUCACCAUGAGCUGGUCUGUGCCGGGCCAGGAAAACCACCUAUCUGGGCAAAGUGGCCUCACAGGAUACCGUGUGGUGGUGAACCCAAAAGACAAGAGCGGCCCUACCAAGGAGAUCAACUUGGCCCCAGACACCACACAAGCACACAUCUCCGGACUCAUGGUUGCAACUAACUAUGAAGUCCUUGUUUAUGCCCUGAAAAACUCUCUGACCAGCCGACCAGUCCAAGCGGAGGUCACCACUCUGGAGAAUAUCAGCCCCCCUCGUCGUGUACGCAUCUCUGACGUUAAUGACUCUGCCAUCACCCUAACAUGGCGCACAAAGAUAGACACCAUCUCUGGCUUCCUGAUUGAGGCCACGCCCACUUCUUCCUCUCCAGGCUACAUACCCAUUCAAAAGACCAUUGGCUCUGACUCACGCUCAUAUUCAAUCACAGGUUUGGAGCCAGGCACCACCUACAAGAUCACCAUCUAUACACUGAAAGGCAAUGGACGCAGCGCACCUUUCACACUCACAGCCACCACAGCCAAACCUGUGGUCAUCCCUCCCACCAAUAUCCGCUUCACUUCCCUAAACCCCACCAGCAUCUCUUUCACUUGGGAGCCUUCGCGCAGUCCAGGGGUUACAGGUUAUUAUGUGACCUAUGAAGAGGCUGGAGGCCUGCCUCGUGAACUGAUACCCAGACCCCAUGCAGGACAAAGCUACGCAAUUAUCAACAGUCUGAAACCAGGAACAGAGUAUGUUAUUAAGAUUGUCGCCCUGCAGAAUGCUCUGAGAAGCACACCACUUGUGGGCAAAGCCAGAACUCAGCCAGCUACAGAUCUGUUGGUGCCAAAGUUGCCAGAGCUCCCAGUUCCUCACAGACCCCGCACUGACAUCCUGGAUGUUCCUGAGCCCUUUAAUGACAGAAUUUUCGACUCUAAUCAAGUUCACUUGGCCGGUACUAGUGGGCAGAACCAACCAGGCCAGCAGGGCCAGCACAUCUACACGGAGUACCAGAGUUUGGGACCUAAUAAUGGACUCCAUGGCCCCUACAGUGGACCCAAGGAGGGCCAGCGACCAACUCUGAGAGAACCUCUCAUCUAUAUUCCUGUAGCAGGUCCUGAUGGAAACAGAGUACCACUGGUCAAGGUGAGCGACGGGCCUCUUCCAGGUCUUGCAUUUGGUUUCCCUGACAAUGAAACUGACAUGCCCCAGGAAGCACAGACUGUCACGACCAUCUCAUGGCAGCCCAUCCCUCAGACCUCAGAGUAUGAGGUGUCCUGUAAUCCUAUCACACAUCUUGAGGAGAGUGGCUUCCAGAUGCGUCUACCUGGCACCUCUAACAGUGCCACGCUGAUCGGAUUGACAUCCGGGGCCUCCUAUAACGUUGUGGUAGAGGCCAUGAGGGGCGAUGCUAAGGAGAAGGUGAUGGAGGAAGUUGUGACAGUCGGCAAUGCUGUUCCAGGUGACAUCCCCAUUAGAGCCAGCCAGGAUGUGUGUUACGACACAUUCACACACACCUACCAUGAGGUGGGCUCCGAGUGGGAGCGAAUGUCUGAGACAGGCUUCAAGCUAUGGUGCCGCUGCCUGGGGCUGGGCAGUGGCCAUUUUAGAUGUGAUUCAUCCAAAUGGUGCCAUGACAACGGUAAUAACUACCGUAUCGGGGAGAAAUGGGAUCGUCAAGCUGAAAACGGUCACAUGAUGAGCUGUACCUGCCUGGGCAACGGCAAGGGAGAAUUCAAAUGUGAACCCCAUGAGUCAACAUGUUAUGAUGAUGGGAAAAUGUACCAGGUGGGGAACCAGUGGCAGAAGGAAUACCUGGGAGCCAUAUGUACCUGUACUUGUUAUGGAGGACAACAGGGUUGGCGUUGUGAGAACUGCAGAAGGCCUGGGGUGCACACUGAUGUGAACGCCGACCUCCUUCACCCAGUUAGUCCUGACGUUUUUGACCGGUACAGAGAAAACGCUCGCCGCAAACUGAACAUCCAGUGUCCAAUUGAAUGUUUGAGGCCAGAACUACUUGCAGACGCCCAGAGCCCCUUAGAGUAGAGAAGAGGAAGUGUGUGUGAGGAAGGACAAAAGUGACGUCCUUUACGGCGUCAUCACCACUUCAAGAAGGACACCUCCUGUUUUCAUUAAAAGAAAACAUUUCAAAAAUUUGUGCCUUAAAGGUUUAAUCCUCACCCAAUUUUAGUGCCUUAGAACCAGUGUGUGAGAUGUAUGGGCCUCUAAAAGCUGAUGGCCACAGAAUUUCUCCUAUAUCCUUGGAAGGGUAAUGUGAAUCAAGUGGUUGUUUGAGGAUUGCAAUCUGAAACUUCACCACUAGAUGGUGAUCAAAUCCCCACACUGGUUUUCCAUUAAGACUUAUGAACACCAGCCUGUGCCUUAUCAAAUAUCCGUCAUGCUUUUCAUGUAGAUGUGAUCCAUUCUUCUUCAGUAGAAACAACGAUUUAUUCAUGAAGUCAUUUUUUGGACAAUAAUCUGUCAGUGCACAAAUCCUGCUGCUUUAUCACCCUCCAGUAUUGUUGUAUUUGCAUUGUAGUGAUAGGAAUUUUCAUCAUUUUAAACAUUCCAUGGCAAUAGUCUUCAUUUUGAAAGUACAAAACAUACCACUCAAAGUAUAGUAGUUUUUAUGUAAUUAUGUUCCCCGAUUGUUGCUGUAGCAAUAUGUUUUACAUUGGACAUAAUCACUGUGACUAUUACAUGUAGUUAGAAAACUUGUAGGUAAUACAUCAGUGCGUUUUUUGGCUCUGUAUACAUUUCAAAAUCAGGUUUAUUGCAAAGGAAUUUUAAAGCCAUAUAAUAUUUUUUGCGUUUUUUGCAGUGUAAAAGUUUCUAGUACCUCUCUCUCUUUUGGCAUGCUUAAUUAAAUGAAAAACAGCAGUAGGUCUCUACAUUUUCUCCUGGUUCAUAGAAACUUUAAUCAGAAAACUUUUUUAAAGAAAGAUAUGAGCACUGUUGGAUUUUUUGUUACAAAGUGUCCUUGCUAAUGUUAUAGCACAGGCCCCUUAAAAUCACCAUGUAGAUAUGAUUUUUUAAUGUGUAUUGUGUUUAAAAAAUAUUAAAGUUUUAGUUCCUGUUAAAGAAAACGCUGACCAAAAGACAAACCAUUAUCACUAAAAAUGUAUCAUAAAAUUCACCACUGCUUUCAUUGAGAUGCGUUGUAAUUACAUAAAUGUUUGUGUUUUUUCCAUUUCCAUUAUUUAUCCCUUUUUAUUCAGGCAUUUGUUUAAUGCUUUUUGGGUGUACACUUUAUUUUUUGAUUCACUUGUUUUUUAUAUUGUUGGUGCCGAAAUCUGAACUACUGUGGACUGAGUCUUUUUAAUAAACUAAAAAAAACAAA